AUGGAACUCCCCCUCUCCGCCUUUGUCGUCGACGUAGGCGCCCUGACGACUCGCGUCGGCUACGCGGGAGACGACUCUCCGUGGUUUAUGCUUCCUUCCUACGUCGGUGUACCGUCGAGUUCUGCGUCUUCUUCCGCAGACACAAGUGAGUUCCGCUUUCCCCUUUCCUUCAGCGAGAAACGCACCGACCUCGCCGUUUCUCCUUGUCUGUACCCUUCCUUCUCUUCCUCUGCUCUCCCCUCCUACACCCUCCACGAGGACGUCUUCGAGCACAUCGUCCGCGCCUCCAUCUCGCGCUGUCUCCCUCCUUCUUCUUCUUCGACUUCUUCUUCGAGUUCUUCUUCUUCGUCUCUGACUUCGGACGCGGCUCUCGGCGCCGCGGGGGUCGCCUGCCGCGAAGACGUUGAAACGCUUUCGGAUUACCCUGUUCUGUUUUCCGAGCCGAACCUCCACUGUCGCGCGCUCCGCGAGAAGCUCGCCUGCAUCGCGUUCGAGAAGCUCGAUGUGCCAGCGCUGUACAUCGCGCCGCGCGCUCUUCUGUCAUGUUUCGCCGUCGGCCGGAGCGGUGGAUUAGUCGUCGACAUCGGCGCUGCGUCGCUCUCGAUUGCGCCUGUGGUCGACGGAUUCUGUCUCCACCGCGAGGCGGGAGAAUGGCCUGUCGCCGGUGACUUCCUCGACCAGGUGUUCAGCUGCGUCCUCGCGCGGCACAACCUCCCUAUUCUCCCUCUCUUCGCUACUCUGAAACCCAUUCAGACGCCUGCAAGUCUCUCCCUCUCGAGUCUCGACUCUCAGCCGACGAGCAGCGCGCUCCGAGGAGGCUCUUCUUCCGCGUCCGCCGCCUCCUGGGUGGCUGCGCGCCGCGCGCUGUACGACUGGACGGAUGUCGAUCCCUCCUUCCUGCGUCUCAGCCAGGCCGCGGCGCUGCGGAACAUGCGCGAAAGUUUCUGCCAGGUCUUUCUGGGCGACGAUCGCGGCGCAGGCGCCGAGACGGCGGAGGACGGCGGCGGCUUCCCGGGGGCCUCGGGCAUCGCCGAAAAGGCGCAGAAACGGUGUGCGUCGAGGCCGCUGCUGCUGCCGCCGGCAGACGCGGGGAGGCGCGCGCAGCAGGUGCCGAGUCUGCAGAAUGUAAAGCAAGACGCCGCGUUCACUCCCUCGCGGUGGCUGGCCAUGCUCCCGGGACCUGCCGGAGGCCGGGGACUGCAUGCAGGCACUGCCGCCCUCCUCGGCGGCGCGCCUCACAUCCUCGAACUUCCGGACGGCACUCGCCUCGUCGGCGAAGAACUCGCCAACACGAUUCCAGAAGUUCUGUUUCAUCCCCGAACGAUCUUGCAACCUCUCGAGGCGGAGUCGUGGAUGGACCCUGCGGCAAAGGCCUUCCGAGGAUUGACGGAGGAACUGCACGACGUCGCGAGUCGAGUGGACGCUGAGGCGCGAAAGGAAAUUUUCAAUGGCAUUGUGCUUGCGGGAGGCGGCGCGGCUACGCCAGGUCUGUAUGAGCGACUCAGUCGAGAGCUCUCGCGCGAGGCGUCGAUCACGAUGGGCAUGAAGUGGAGACUGUUGGCCGCUCCAACGCUCUUCGAGAGGCGCGUCUCAACGUGGAUCGGAGGCAGUGUGCUCGCGUCGAUGUCUGCUUUCCAGUCGCUGUGGUGCAGCCGGGAGGAGUACGACGAGCACGGUCCGUCCAUCGUCGAACGAAAAUGCUACUGA